CGUGAUAGUGCUCGUUUUGGCCGUGGUUAUCCCUUUUUUUGAGUAGCAAUUGGACUGGUUUUGUUACACAGACCUGGCAAUCCUGAUUGAAUGAACGUACAGGUGACCAAGCUACGGGUAUUUUAGGUGAAACAGGUAUCGCACAUCCAGAAAUGAAAACAACUUACUUCCUCGCGAACUUUCUUAUCACUUCUUUGAGCAUUAUGGUUGGUUUGUCAUUAUCUAAACUUGCCAGGCCAACGAUACCGGCGAUAGCGCAUCACUUUGGGACAAAAGGCAGGUACGAGGAAGUGAACCCACAUCUAUUAGAUGACAUUUUGUUUGUAAACAAAUCACUGGUAGCUCCCCCCUCUCCAGAUUGCCGUGCCAUUCAUAUGGUGUCGGUUAUACGUCACGGGACGCGCUAUCCAACCACCAAAAAUGUGAAAAAGAUCGCGCGAUUGUUUGAACUGGUCGUGUCUCACGCGUCGGGUUCAGCCUCGUGGCUAAAUGACAUUAAGACAUGGAAAAUGUGGUACACUGAAGACAUGGACGGCAGACUGGUGGAGAAAGGGUGCGAUGACCACAGGCAUUUGGCUGUGAGACUGGCACAGUCGUUCCCCACUUUGAUUUCUGAGGAUCAUCUCCGUGCCAACCGCAUUGAGUUCAUCACCAGCUCCAAGCAUCGCUGUGUUGAUAGUGUCAAAGCUUUUCAAGAGGGUCUUCACCGACUCUGGGAUGUUCAGGAUAUGGAUUACAAACACUAUGUGGAUGAUUCACUCAUGAGAUUCUUUGACCAUUGCGAGAGAUUUGUUGAAAGUGUUGAGAAAAACAAAACAGCUUUGAAGGAGGUAGAACGCUUUAAAUCUUCAGCAGAAAUGGAUGCAGUACGGAGGAAAAUAUCCAGUCGCCUUCAGAUUCCAUACAGUCAAUUCACCCCAGAUAUGGCAGAGGCAGCUUUCUUUUUGUGUUCCUAUGAGUUUGCCAUCAAAUCAGAGAACUCCCCUUGGUGUGAUCUGCUGGAUGAGUCUGACGCUCAAGUCCUCGAGUACAAAAAUGACCUGAAACAGUACUGGAAGAGGGGAUAUGGACAUGACGUCAACCGUAAAUCCAGCUGCCCUCUCUUUCAUGAUAUUUUCAAGCGUCUUGAAAAGGCUGCUAAUGACUACAGAUUUGGAGGGGUAAAAAAGACUGCCACCAUCCAGGUUGGACAUGGUGAAACCCUGCUGCCUCUGCUCUCUCUGAUGUCCUUCUAUAAGGAUGAAAAACCUUUAACUGCAGAGAAUUUUUCAUUGCAGCACAACCGCACAUUCCGCUCCAGUCAGAUUGUACCUUAUGCUGCAAACUUAGUCUUUGUCCUGUACGAAUGCAGUGAUGGACUCAGAAUACAGUUGUUUCUCAAUGAGAAGUUAAUGACCUUUCCCAACAUGAACCAUUUGGCUCCACUGUAUGAAACGGUCAGAAAGCAUUACUCAAAGCUCCUUAAUGGCUGUGAGUUUAAUAAGGAAUGUAAUGUGCCUCAGUCAAACCUCAGGAACACUGAACUUUGAGUUUAUUAAAUAGUGGAUUACAAGGAUGAAUUACUGUGCACUUGCAAUGACUGCAUCUUUAUGUUGUAUUUUUGAUUGUACUUUUUUUCUUCAUGUUGUGGUUGAAGGUUUAAUAUGUUGCUUUAUUUAUUUUAAUGGUUACUAAAUUGCCAGAGGGGGGUGAAAUUUGUGCUUUAAGAAUGAUUUAUGUUUGUUCUUGUUUAAUUUGCCAAAGAGAAUUAUGGUUAUACAGUGCCAAAUCAUUUGUAAUUUUGUAAUGAAAGCAAUUUAACAGAAAACUUGAAGUUUUUAUAUUUUAUUUUAAUAAUAACUGUGCAUUUUCUAGUGGGUAGUUCACUUGGUGGGGUUUUAUAAAAGUCAAAGACCACAUGGGAUCAGAUCCAAUCUUGAAAAUGGGUUGUUCAUAAGAAGAAAAAAAAA